ACCCUGACUAUCUCGAACGAGAAACACGUGCACAAAAGAUCUCUUACGAAUCUAAAAUAUUUUCCAUUCUUUUAGGCUGCCUAGCACCCUCAAUGAGUUCUCAAGCCCGCGGCCCAGGUGGAGGACGGCCCCCCGCCCCCCUGGGAUCAAGGGCCAAGAAGAAACGAGACCGGGAUCAAACUGCUCCCUCCGGGUUGACACCCGAAGAAAAAAUGUCCAACCCAGCCAUGAUGGGCUUUGGCUAGGUAACAAAAUAAGUGCUUGUGUUACUUUAACUAGUGGCACAAGUCCCCAAAACGUCGAGCCUACGGGUGAGACGCAACCAAUGGAGCCGGCCGGAUGCUCGGUGCCGCCAGGCAUGGGGCAGGAAAGGGCGGCUUCAAACCGUUCCCCCAAUAAUCCCCCGUCCUCGCCUUAUCGUGAGGGAGGGCAAUAUCUCUCUGAAUCAGAAUGCAUUUCAGAACUCAAUGGCUCUGGAAGCAUUCAUCUUUCAGACAAAGAGGAACUCGCCGACCUGUCUGAGGAAGAAGAGACCAAAACCGGUGACAAGUUUGCCAAGCUAACGGUCAACAACCCAAAAACCAACCCACAAUCAUAUGUAUUGGUGGCUUCCAAAGUCCGUGGACAUGAGGUCAUCUAUGUCCAUCUUGGUCAAAAAGAGAGAUCUCCCCUGGGCCGGGAGCUAUUCUACAAACUCUGGGACAAGCUCCAGGAGGGCGUGGUGGAACUUCUCCUUAAAGGCGAGACACCUCCCACCAACGUGCUUUGUCAUAGCUGGUCCCAGCAAAGAGUCCUCAUUGCUGUGGGUGAUGAGGAAACUUCAAAAGCAAUCAUCCAACUGAUUGCCCAGAUGAGUAUAAAACAACUCAAAUUUCGUGCCUGGAAACGAGGCGAAUUUGGAGAGGGUAGGCUUGUAACAGCGUUCUUUGCUGGCAAUAGCUUGAAACUGUGGGGUGGAGAUAAGCUUUUGAAGCUUCUUAAAUCUCAAAACAAACUACUCGGCAAUCACGUUGGAGUCAAAACCACCGACACAGAUAAAGGUCGAAAAAUGAUCUUCUUUGCAGACCCCAUCUUAUGGAAAGAUCUCAAAGGCAGAGCGACACCGCUGGCUCAACACAAAGUCGUCUUACGGUUAGGACUCGCCCAGUACGUGUUCCACCUGAGCCAGAAAUCCAAUGUGAACGCUGCUCCGGAGGACACUCCUUCCCUGGAAAGGGAGGAGAAGAAAUCCGAGACAGGGGAACCAUCUGGAGGCGACGACCGAUGUGAGGCGGUCACCGCAAGAAAGGCCCAUGUUCUGGCGGAUGCUCCCGUUUUGGUAGAAGUGGGAGACGAGACGGAAGCGGUAAGCGCAACCGCUGAAAUUCCUGCCUCUGAAGAAGGGGGAGAACAAGCUGGAUCAGACUGGAAAGUGGUGGCCAUCUCUCGGAGGAAGUCGCCACUGGAACAAGGAAGCUCAUCCAAACUAUCCAAGGGACAAAGCUAAGUUUUUGUGAACUAAUAUAGUAUCAUGACUACCCCAACUUAUGAUGAUAAAUGCCAGACCUUCUGGCAACUGAACCUACAAAAAUGCAAGCUUGCAACCAGCAACAUUGAGGUUGAAUUGUCUGACUCUAAAUGCCCCAAUCUGCCAAUCUUGCUUUUACAAGAGCCCUACACGUUUAACGGAAAAAAGAAGUUAGACAUCCCUAACUACAAAGCUUACAUUUCAGAAACCAAUCACCGAGCACUAAUUGGUGUGCCAAAAAAUAUAUUGUGCCAUCAAAUUCUGGACCUUUCAAGUCGGGACCUGGUGACCUGCUGCAUCAAACAUGACCCAUUUUCGCACAUUAUUGCGUCAUCUUACCUGGAUAUCUUGGAUAAAGAGGCGAGUUGAACGGCGAAUGGCCGGUCGUAGUAUCCCGUUUAGAGUAGGAUUACCACGCAUGACCCCAGCAGCCUUGUCAGCACCUUUCAAUGGACGUGGGAAUCUCCGAUUUUGCCGAUAUACUUUUCCUGUUGCCUCACACAUCACAUGGUAUGAGACACUAAGACACUAGAGAUUGUGCCAUGGGUGUCCCAUGCAUUGCUUACCAGGUGCUGCGCCAGCACUUUGGUACCCACCGUGAGAAUGCUCAGAUCGUGAGCUGAUCUAUCAUUGGCAUUCUGUUUGUGCAGACGGGGUGCGCUUCCCACGGUUUUGAAUUCAUCUUGGUCAAACCUUUGCACUGGGAGGCCCGGUAAAAGUGUGCGCUGUCGAAGGCCCAAGAAUGCUAUCGCCGGGUUGAACCCGUCCUCUUUUGGAGUGUUGCAAUGUUCCAGUCAGGCUUUCGUAAAAGUUCUCCCCGUCAUCUUUGCACUUGCCAAGCUUUGAUCGCGGCUUCUGCCAAGCCAUGGGAGCGAGGAUUGUAGGGGCUGGAAAGCUCAUACACAAUGUUCCGUUCAAGGCAAAAUUCUGUGAACUUCUCUCGGAAGUGAGGACCUCCGUCUGAUUGGAUGACUCGAGGAAACCCCCAAUUGCAAAACCGUUGGAGUCAACAUUUUGGAUUUCAACCAAAAAAAUCUUAAAAAGUUACAAUACGUUACGUCAUGGACGAAAGGCCAACAACGCAACCUCCAGUGUGUGAAAUCUGCCUAGCUGUCAUCUCAGAGUUCAUUUUUUAACGACCAUAACCGACAGACAUGGUACCGCUUAUCAGAAAUUGUGCAAGCCCUUUAUUCCAAGGGAGAAUCCGUUCAAGAAAUUCUUGUGAACUCAUCGCUAGGUGUGCGAACGUUAGUAAAUCUACACGCUCAACUGAAUCUUGCCAAAGAACUCCAGAUGUUUGACCUCACUUCAUCAACUCUUUACUCCAGUCUGUCCAAGACUCCGGUUGACUUCACAAACUUGAUGCAAAGAUCAACCUUAGAUGAUCGCGUUCGCAGUCUGUUCCAGUGCCCCUCCGAGAUUUCAAAUCUUCUGAAGUUGGAGCAAUGGCUGCCAGAAGAUUUGGCCCAGUUUUACAUCAAACAAAUCGUGUGUUCUAAAGAACAAGCUAUUAACGUGUGUGAAGACACCCUUCGGCAGUCAGAUUCUUCCCUUUGGUUCAGGAUAGUCCCUCUAAAUCGAAUUUGGCAUUCUGGCAUUGAUAAUACCUCUUUCAAACCAAAUGAUGAAGCCUUUGACACAGUCAUGAAGGGGAGUGAGGACCUCGUAAAACGUGUUGCUAAAAGCCACUUGCGAGACGUUGACGAGGUCACUCAUGACGAUAAAUGGAAGAUUGAGCUUCAACUUCAUUAAACAUAAAAACAGUUUCGUUUCUCUGUUACGCACUCUGGAACUUGUGAGGGACCACCCUAAUUUGUACAUCAAAAAGCCGUGAAUGUCUCGAGGAAUUCCUUUCAUUGAUUUGAAUUGCUCCUCUCAAAGAUUUUAAAUAAAUGCUGGUUCUUUAGUCU